AUGACCAUCCCCUCCCUCGAGGAGCUGGACUCCUUCAAGUACAGUGACCUGCAGAACUUAGCCGAGAGUCUGGGCCUCCAGGCGAACCUGAGGGCAGACAAGAUGCUAAAAGCCUUGAAAGCCCACCAGAAAGGAGAAGCAAGAAAAGAAAAUGGAAAUCCCGAUGAAAGUCAAACUUCUGCAUCCUCUUGUGAUGAGACCGAGAUGCAGAUCAGCAGUCAGAAACAAGCUGAGUGGGAACCAGCUGGCCAUGUCACCAAGAAAAGGAGAAGGCGCAGGACUGUCCACAGCAAUCCUGACUCCCAGCAGGAUCAUUCAGAGAUAAAAACAAGUGAUCCCACUGAGUUCCAGAAUCAAGAAAAACAGGAAAACCAGGCUCUCAGACCUGUUGCAGAAGUUCCAUCUCCACCAGAUGAGAGACAAGGAAACGAGAAUGCAGUGUCCUCGGGAAAUAGUGGAAUAAAUGGUAAUGAAGAUUCAAAGGUACCUUCAGAAAGAAAGAAGUCUGUCUACACAGAUGCGUUUUCCAAAUCUGGAAAAAAUAAAAGAAUUGCAAUCACUACUCCAAACUUUAAGAAGCUUCAUGAGGCCCAUUUUAAGGAAAUGGAGUCCAUUGGUCAAUAUAUUAAGAGAAAAAAGAAAAAUUUUGAACAACACAAUUCACUUAAUGAACUGAAGAAGCGGUCCAUAACUAAGGAAGUGGUGGCAACUCCAGUGGGUCUCCAAGGAAGAUUCUCUAUGGCUUGUACUCCCUCAAGCCAGCAGCACUCACAAGGCCUGGCCCAGGGUGCUGCAGAUCUGAGCACCUUGUAUAUGAAGGGGUCGGUCAAACGUUCCACUCUCUCAGCAACUAAAAUGAAUGUCAGGUUUUCAGCUGCUACUAAAGAUAAUGAAUAUAAGUGUUCACUGACUAAGACUCCGGCCAGAAAGUCUCCACAUGUGUUCAUAUCUGGAAAUACCCCAAAAGGCCAGGCUGUGCUUGGGACAAACAAGUUAAAGACCACAAAGGGGGGUUCUGCUACAGUUAUUACCCCAUUCAAGUUUUCAGCUGAAGCAGCACAGACUCCAGUCUCCAACAAGAAACCAGUGUUUGAUCUCAAAGCAAGUUUGUCUCGUCCCCUCAACUAUGAGCCACACAAAGCUUUCAAAGGAUCCCAGGCUGCUGGGAACCGCCGGUCCAACAACUGGGAUGUUCAUUGGCCAGAUGUCAUUGAGCAUAUAUUAAAGUAUUCUUACACCUAUUAA